GAAUUUUUUGACAGUUAAAUUUUUAUCUUCAAAUUUUUAUUGUUUUUUUAUUUAUCCGCUGUAAAAAUAUUUGUCAGUUUAUUUUAAACUAUAUUUCAGAAGUAACUUGUUCACUGUAACACGCGAAAAUGAAUAAUAUAACGAAUAUCGUGAUGAAACCGUUAGAAAAGUCGAUUUAUUUAAAGCCCUACACAAUGCACUUUACACAAAAUGGGGCCAAAAGAACCUGGGAUUUGUUAAGUAUUCAUGACAGUGUAGCCAUACUACUGUUUAAUAUAUCCAGAAAUGUACUUAUUAUGGUAAAACAAUUUCGACCAGCGGUUUAUUUAGGAACAAUCAAUCCAGAAGACCGUAAAAUGGAUUCUCAGAUUGACACAAAGAAAUAUCCUCCAGAAAAUGGAAUUACCAUAGAAUUUUGUGCAGGGAUUGUUGAUAAAAAGCUCUCUUUAGCUGAAAUAGCUAAAGAAGAGAUUUUAGAGGAAUGUGGGUAUGAUGUACCCUUGUCAUCAUUGCAAUUCAUAGGUUCCUAUCGUUCUGGCGUUGGAACAUCAGCCAGUGUCCAAACGGCAUAUUAUUGUGAAAUAACAGACGAAAUGAAAGUUACAGAAGGCGGUGGCACUGAAGAAGAAUUAAUAGAAGUUAUAGAAAUGACUGUAGCCGAUGUUAAAAAAUAUGUAACCCAACAAGAUAUAGUACAGAGCCCACCUAGUUUCCUUUUUGGUAUAUAUUGGUUCCUUUUAAAUAAAGGACCUUCACUAAAAUUAUAAGAUAAUUGAAACCUUAUUUCUAUUGUGUUACACGCUUUUAGAUAAGUUUUACUUGUUAUAAUAUUAAGAGUAUUUUAUCAAAAUAUAAAUAAACGUUUUUAUUCAAAUAGAGGAAA